AGUAUCUGGUUCUGUUUUGUCACUAUCUUGCUUUGUUGAUAUUUUGGUUGUCUUGAUAACGUACAACUGUUGCCGUUAUCAGCUGUCGCCGUUUUCUCUCUUCAAUGAAAAACUGAACAGAAAGGUUCAGUAAAAGACAUACGAGCCUCCGUUUUGUUUGAAGAAGCUUCACUCCGUAACACAUGCUGCUUUUACAUGUUUGACGAAGACACCUAAAAACAAAUGUCUGACUUUUCAAAGUAAACUGAGCCUUAUAAUCACGACAGGUUUUGUUUUAUUGAGGAAGAUUAACAAGGAGGAGAAUACUUAAAAACUGGAAAUCCUYAAGAAGUUUUUCUCAUCAAAUAGUUGUUUUAGAUUAGCAGACAAACUGCUGGUUAGAGUAAAUCAUUCUUGAAGGAGGCAUCAUUUAGCAAGUCUUUGCUGCUUUUGCAUUGAUUUUUUUUUGGGAUGGUUUUCAUUUGUUUAAAGCUGUAUACUGUUGUUGCAAUGAAUAACUGCAUGUAAAACGAUGCCUYGCURUGUUUUUACAACAGUAAAAUUAUGAYYGUGAUUUAUUGGCCGCUCUCCAUCAGAGUGAGUGUACUCAAAAACUGGGCAAAUACUAAGAGAAAGAAACUGCAGGCGUAACCACAGGAGAACAGAGCUGAAUGCACACACGAGUUGAUUAAUACUUGGGACAUUUGGAUUUCAUAUAGGGAUUUAUGCACCUAUGCAAGACAAUAUUUAAAAUCAUCUUUUUCAUUUAAAAAGAGAAAAUUAAAACCAUGCGACCUUUCCUUUCCAUAUCACAACUUUGCACUAAUGUGUUCUGAUCACUUGUAUCAGAUCCAAAUAAAACAUACUGAUGUUUGUAGUUCUAAACUUGAAAGUCUGUGGGGUAUGGAUACUUUUGAAAGGAACUGUGUUAUAUCUCUGAAAAAAUGAGGAGCGUUGCGGUCUUGAACCAAGAGGUGCUKAAAUGUGCAUGACAAAGUUUGUAACGUUUUGAUCUUUAAAUAUAUCAGUACGUUGUCAUUUAUAAAUGUAAUUUAUUAUUGAAUCAUAUCCGUUCAUGUGUUUUGUCUUUGCAUCGUUGGCCUUUUGUUUGCCCAAACCUGUUGCAUGGAGUUUUAUAACCAAACUAGUAUGUUAUGUAUGUUUUCUAUUAUAUAAAAAAAAAUAACAUCUGGGGUGAAGGUGUGGAUGAGAACCCAAAAAUGAUCGACAAAUUGCUUUCCUAACACUUAGAUGUAAUUGUGUCACUCUUAGUUAACUGGUUUGCAGCKGGCAUCAUCACAAAUUCUAUACUAACAGACUGUAAAUAAAAUGUUCUCCAUAAGGAACCCACUUUUCCUAACGCAAAAGGCACACAGCAUUUAACUCUUCUCUUUUUUUUCUAUUUGAUCUGCUUUUUAGUUCUAUAUUUCCAUCCGUGAACAAUCUCUGUGAAUUUCUAAUACGAACCUCAAUCACGUAUGAUUGCGUUAAAAGAGUUAGCGAGGGAGAGGAGAGAGAAAGUGCAGAGAGAGAGAGAGAGAGAGGUAGAAAAGGGGGAGACUGUGGACCAUUCAGCCCUCGUCGGCGAUGUAACUCACCGACUGCGUUUGGAAGAGAGAGAGAAAAGCCUCAUUAUUUGUGUGCUACAACAAAAAGCACUUUCGUUUCAACUAAUUGUUGCUCCUCAGACACAAAUCGCUCCCCGCUGGCUUCAUUUCCAGCGCUGCAGCAUCCUUGCAGAGUAAAGCCUCUGCUGCCGAUUCCAUUUUUUUUCUCUCUCCUUCAGACUGCGUUUAGAGGUACCAUCGACGGAACAGAGAACUGGGCUCAUAUGGGCUCCUGUCUGAACCGGCGGCGGACGGUCUCAUUGUUCAAUGUGCGCGGAGGUGACGAUGUGAAACAACAACCAAAGGAAGUUAGGACAACCUUGUUUCUUUUUUCCACACGCAGAGGCGCGCAUUACUCGGCUUUAGGUGGACACGCAUAAUUAAAGAGGCGUCAGGGAUCCUCAGGACGGACCUGCUGUGCAGAGGAUUCGUGCUCGUUUUUUUUUUUUUUGACGCGGCGCCGUUCACCUGGAAUACCUGAGGCUCUCCAAUGACAACGCCGCUGCACCGACCUCCGAGCACUGUUGCAUGUUUUCACGCCACAUAUUCCGGCCCCCAGCGGCCCUGCCCGUAGGUUUGUGUCCCUGGAUCGGUAAGUGCUGAUUUCACGCUUCCUCACCCCGCCCCCCCGUCGGGUGCGACCGAAACUCAGAACAGWUACAUGCAACUGUCUCCUCAAAGACGGCGCAUGGCAUGCAAGCAAACGAUGCGCGGGACUCACAGGAUUCUCUGAUCAGGAUGACAUUUAGUUAAAAACUCUCGGCGGACCGAGACCCAGAAGCGACGUUCCAUAUUCUGUCCCGUGUGCUCGUGUACCACGCAAAGGGGAGCGCAUCCAGACCCGACCUCUGCCGGCGGCGACCAUAGACUCUUUCUUUGCUGAUCGGGUUCGGGCAGAUGGCUGCUAUCGCCAGCUCCUUGAUCCGGCAGAAACGCCAGGCGAGGGAAUCCAACAGCGACCGCGUCUCCACUUCGAAACGUCGCCCCAGCCCCAGCAAAGACCCCCGCUCUCUCUGCGAGAGGCAUUUCUUGGGGGUCUUCAGCAAAGUCCGUUUCUGUAGCGGCAAGAAAAGACCCGUUCGGCGGCGACCAGAUGCACCCUUGAAACCUCCACAGGUGUCCCAUAAGGGCUGCAGGCUAGAGCCACAGCUGAAAGGCAUCGUGACGCGACUGUUCAGCCAVCAGGGCUUCUACCUGCAGAUGAAGCCGGAUGGGACCAUCGACGGCAGCAAGGACGAGAACAGCGACAACACCCUGUUUAAUCUUAUUCCCGUGGGUCUGAGAGUGGUGGCCAUCCAAGGGGUGAAGAGCGGCUUCUACAUCGCCAUGAAUGGCGAGGGCAUGCUCUACAGCUCGGAGGUGUUCACACCAGAGUGCAGGUUUAAGGAGUCAGUUUUUGAAAACUACUAUGUGAUCUACUCGUCCACUGUGUACCGGCAGCAAGAGUCGGGCAGGGCAUGGUUCCUCGGCCUCACAAAGGAGGGACAAGUCAUGAAAGGCAAUCGGGUCAAGAAAACUAAACCCUCAUCUCACUUUGUGCCCAGGCCUAUUGAAGUUUGUAUGUACCGGGAGCCGUCGCUGCAUGAGAUAGAGGACAAGCACCGCUCCAGGAAGAGCUCAGGGACUCCCACCAUGAAUGGAGGGAAAGCUGUCAAUCAAGACUCCACAUAGCACCAGUUACAGGGACUUCCAGCUUUGGGUAGGAGGGGGAGGGUCGGCCUCAUCCUGACUCAGGGAGAAGGGGCCAAGUCAAAAAAAAUAAACCUCACCGCUCCCCCUGAGAGAUCUGGACCUCCAUACUCUUUUUAAACAAAAGAGGGCGUGGGACAGCUGCAAGGAGCUAUUACUGUACAACCAAGACAACAAAAACAAAACUGAACUCUUGCCUGUGAAAAUGUUUUAGAUAUCUAUAUACAUAUAUAUAUAUUUAAAUAUAUAUAUUCUUGACCAACAUUUUAUGCAAAACUGAGAAAAAGGCUGUGAAAACAGAGGAUUUGUGGUCUCUACAUAUAUUCAAAUAUCUGUUAUUUUUAUUUUUAUGUUGUGAAAAACAAGCUUUAAUACAUGUUCAGUUUUCAUUCUUUUUUUCCUAAACAUUUGUUGCACUUUUAUCCUUUAUUGUGUUGUUGUUGUAAAARAUAUCCCAAGCCAUUAUCAUUAUAACCGUCAUGACUAUUUUACCGAGUGGGGUCCCAGUUACUAUGAGGGUAAUGGUGGUUCAGUUCUCUUGGCCUUUUUCAGUUAUUCAUGAGUAUUUUUUUUCUUACUAGAGCAUCUUGAAUGCAAGGUCAAAGGUCAAGGCUGAAAGUUACAAAUGGUGGGAUGUAAUUUACUCAGGUGUGUACUGCAAGUUAGACCAAUGUGACUCGUGGGGAAUGAACUCCCCGGUUUUYCUGCUAUAGCAGGACAGAACUACAUCAAGCAAUAUCAUAAAGGGCAAUUUAGAAUGUUUUUAAAGGACUGUAAUAGCGAACUGACAACACAGUGCUGUGGCUGGUGUACUAGUCUGUACAAAUGACUGACAAAGAAAGUUGCUUAAGUUGGUAAACGUAAGAAUAGGGAUUUGCUAUCUUGCUACAGUUAUAACAUAAGAAAGAUGGGUAGUGUUUGUGCAAUGUGCGGACUUUACAACAAAGUAGAUUUCUCCUGCAGCGGACCGGCGAAUCGUCCAGGGUGGACCCCGCCUCUCGCCCGUUGACUGCUGGAGAUAGGCACCAGCACCCCUUGCGACCGUACAAAGAUGAGCGUGUUAGAUAAUGGACAAAUGGACGGAGAGCUUUCUCUCCGUCCAUUUSUUACUCCAGGCCAGUAACAAACCUUAUCAGUUAUCAAGAGAUGCUGUUAGCUACAACAAAUCACAACAAUAUCACUCCAUGUACUGCUUUAGAGCUACUGGACAAAUCAAGAAGUUUUCUCUGACUGAAGAUUUUAUCUUGUUUGCUUAGGGUGAAAGAAAAGCAACAUUUKGUUUAGCAGGCUUAKGUGGUGAAUUUCUUAACUUUCAAGAAUUUUAAKUUCCAGAACUCCCUUUACGUUCUUUGUGAARUCAUUAGAGAUCUUUUAAUWCAGACGGACAGGGUGCCUGACUGUUUAAUAAACCACCAAUCUGUMWUGCAAAUAUUUUAACACAAUUAUUUUUACUGCUUUUCAAUCACAGUGAAAACCGAAGGUUUGACUGAGCAACCGAACACGAACUGAGCCAUCUGUUGCGUUAUGACGAAGAGUUUAUUUUUCAUACAUCUACACACUUACAGGGCUGUGAUCUGACUGGUACACCUCAUACUGUGUACGCUGCUACGCUCAUUCCUAGCCUCCUUUUUUAGUUUUAUCUAUCUCAGGAAGUCUCGCAGUUGUUUCGGUGAUGGAGCCUGACUUAAAAAAACAAUAAAAUAAAAUUAAAUAAUGGCUGCUUAUGGUUCAGCUCUCAUUGCACAAAGCCGGGCGAUUUGGCGUGGCGGUGGAUGAUGAUGCGCAGCUGAACGUAGUCAUGUUAGGAACGCUGGAAGAAGAAAACAGACAAAUACAAAGCAUGACCAUCACAUGACUGUAAACGUUUCUUUAAGUUUGAGGUGAGAUCUAAAAAUAUAUAUCUAUAUAUUUUGACUUUGGGGAGUACAUGUCUAAAUAAAUAUUUUAUAUGCAACACUUGUUUCAGUAUUUUAGUGAGGGUUUAUACAUUCAUAUAUAUAUAUCUAUAUAUAGAUAUAGAUGUAUAUAUGCUACUGCACAUCUGGGAGGAAGCUGUUGGUUGCCAUGUUGGUAGUUUGUACAGUUAAUAGCACACAUUCAGCUGCACAGAGCCAGCGGCGGUGGUGGGCAUGUCAUCGUCAUGGAUCUGGGAGGGUCUUCCACUUGAAAUCCAGGCCCACAUCUGACACCAACAAGAGCUAAUGGUAGAUUAGUUCAACUUCCACUUCACCUCCUGCAAUACUGCAUUACUGUGAAUCGUACAUUAUAAUUAAUGUGACACUGAAAGUCAAAAGGCAAGACCAGCAUAUAAGUAUCUUUUUACAGACGUUUAUAUUGUGUAUAUGAGAUAUGUGUGUGGAGUUAAAGUAGUGCAUGAAACUGGAUAUGUACAUUGUCAGCCGACAGCAGAAUGGGCCGAUUUGGUGAAAGAAUGGGAGUGAGUAAGGCGGUCAGAAACAGCGAAGCACUUUUUUUCUUUUUGUGGGUUUAUUGAUGUAUGAUAGGGGGACAAAAACAUUGAAAUAGUUUGAAAUAUUGAAAAUAUGAUUUAAUAUUUUUAUGUUUGCAGCUGAUUUCACUGCAUUCAAACACACUCAUGUAUGCAUUAUGAAUUGUGAGAUWAAAAAAAUAUGCAUUGAUUCUAAAAUUCAGAAUGAAGUUAGUGAUUGUUUAAGAAUAAAGAUUAUGUUAUCAAAAAAAUUA